AUGCCAGCCAUACCGAAACCGCGGCUGCCACAAAGUUGUCAUGCUUGUGAGAUCUUUCUCGAGAAAAUUUAUGACUCUCUUUCCAAUUUCCGGACCGAAGUUAUCCACACUCGAGUCCUUGUCGGGAGAAAAGGAGCUGUCAUGCGCUCCGAGGAUUUUGACAUCCAUUCCCAACCACAUGGCAGGUCCGGAAUCUCUUGCAAGGGUUUGAUGUACCAACCGGACAAACAACGCUUCUUGAAGCAUGCUGAGGGUGGCGAGUGGGACUUUCCGUACUUCAUCUAUGAGGACUCCUGUCAUUCAAACGUGCGAUCCAUCGUUUCUUCUGUUCGAGGGAUUUUUGGUGUAGGUGAGUCCGUGCAGGGUUUUGUUGUGAUGGCCGGACUGCUUGGUGAAUUCUGCUCGUACUUUCCUGAGACUGUUGGGAAGGAGCGCCGCGUUGGACUCCAAAAUGAUGUUCAAAACACGAUAGAUUGUUCGCUGAACAUUUGCGUGCUUCUCGUCGAAACCAACAGAGACUUGUCGGUGCAGAACCAAGUUACGUCAAAGACACAGCCGUGCGAGCAAAGCAGAGCCCUGCUAAUGUACUCCCAAUGUGUGGUUCGAAUUUCAAAAGAUUCAUGGCAUUAUUGGUUGGUGGCGGCAUCCUAA